UCUGAUUUUCCUUCCAUUUGCACAGCUGCGAAGAAACCUAGAGAGAGAGGGGGAGAUAUAUAGUGAGAGAAAAUGGUGUCGCUGAAGCUACAGAAGCGGCUCGCCUCCAGCGUCCUCAAGUGCGGCAAACGAAAGGUCUGGCUUGACCCUAAUGAAGUCGAUGAAAUCUACAAGGCCAAUUCCCGGCAAAACGUUAGGAAGUUGGUUAGGGAUGGUCUAAUCAUCAGGAAGCCAACCAAGAUUCACUCUCGAUCCCGUGCUCGCAGAAUGAAGGAGGCCAAGAGAAAGGGACGUCACUCUGGAUAUGGUAAACGCAAGGGUACUAGGGAGGCCAGAUUACCCACUAAAGUCCUUUGGAUGCGGAGGAUGAGGGUCCUCAGGCGCUUGCUGCGUAAGUACAGGGAGUCGAAGAAGAUUGACAAGCACAUGUAUCAUGACAUGUACAUGAAGGUGAAGGGUAAUGUUUUCAAGAACAAACGUGUUUUGAUGGAGAGCAUCCACAAAUCUAAGGCUGAGAAGGCCAGAGAGAAGAACUUGUCUGAUCAGUUUGAGGCUAAGAGAGCAAAGAACAAGGCUAGUAGGGAAAGAAAGAUGGCUAGGAGGGAGGAACGUCUAGCACAGGGGCCAGGAGAGAGAGCGCCACCACCUGCAGCAGCAGCAGCCGCCGCCCCUCCAUCCCAGCCAGCUCACUUCUUCAGAAAAUGAUCGUCUUUUGCUCUUGCUCGAGUAUCUUUUGGGAGUGGAAUGUUUUUCUAGCGCAUGAUUGAUCUUGGUCCUGCUGGAGAGCUUUACUGUGAAGUGGAAUCCGAAUUCAUACGAAACACCACAUCCUUUGAGACUUGCAUCUUUGGUAGUCCAGAAUUCAGUAAAUCCCUAAUGGGCGUAUUUACAUUUGGGUUAGACAACGUAACGAGACUUCAUAACAGAUUCUCCUUAAGUCAAGGUUUAGGACAUUCUUUCCAAGAAUUGACUAGGCUGAUGGGAAAAUGUUGUCCUAUGUAACCAUUGAUUUUUAGGUUUCGUAACUGGUGUUUAGUUUCGGCCCUGCUACUCAAACAGGUGAUGCCACCUCAGCCCCCAUCACGGCAUGUUUGAGUCGCAUGAUAUGUUUAGUUUGGUUAUUGAUUCAUAGAAAGUGCCACAUUAACAGAAGAAUUUUGAGAGAUUGAUUGA